UACAAAAAGAGAGGAGGAAAAAUGAAGGAAUCUCUGAUAUCGUUAGCCUUAGGAGCCUUGUUAUUCCUGUUAUCGGCGUCAACAACGGCGGCCGGUGUCAUCGUACUAACAGAAGAAAACUUCAACGAGCAAGUUGGUCAAGACAGAGGAGCUCUGGUCGAGUUCUAUGCUCCUUGGUGUGGACACUGUCAGAAGCUAUCUCCCGAGUAUGAGAAGCUUGCGGAGAGUUUCUCGAAGGCUAAAUCCGUCUUGAUCGGAAAGGUGGACUGUGACGAGCAUAAAAGUAUUUGCAGCAAAUUUGGUGUUCAAGGCUACCCAACUAUUCAAUGGUUUCCCAAAGGCUCUUUGAAACCUAAAAAGUAUGAAGGAGAACGCACUGCUGAGGCCCUUACUGAGUUUGUGAAUACCGAAGGAGGGACCAAUGUGAAAAUAACCGCCGCUCCAUCCAAUGUUGUAAUGCUAAAUGCUGAUAAUUUUGAUGAGAUUGCCCUUGAUGAGGCCAAACACGUGUUGGUUGAGUUUUAUGCUCCUUGGUGUGGCCAUUGUAAAAAGCUUGCUCCUACCUACGAAAAGGCAGCAACGGCAUUUAAAUUGGAAGAAGAUGUAAUAAUAGCUAAUAUAGAUGCUGAUAAAUAUGGCGAUUUAUCCGAAAAGUAUGGUGUAAGCGGAUUUCCAACAUUGAAAUUCUUUCCAAAGAGCAACAAAGCUGGUGAAGAUUACACUGGUGACAGAGAUUUGGAUGCUUUCGUUGCCUUCAUCAAUGAAAAGUGUGGCACCAAUCGUGACGCCAACGGGCAGCUAACUUCGAAGGCCGGUAUUUUGUCAAGUUUGGAUCCAUUGGUUAAGGAGUUUGUGGCUGCUAGCCACGAUGAGAAGAAAACAGCCUUUUUGAAGAUCGAAGGGGAAGUCGAGAAGCUUAAGGGCUCCGCGUCGAGGUAUGGAAAGAUACACUUGAAAGCUGCUAAAAACUGCAUGGAGAAAGGGGCUGAUUAUCCAAAGAAGGAGAUUGAACGCCUGCAACGCAUGCUUAACAAGUCAAUAAGCCCAGCAAAAGCUGAUGAAUUCACUCUCAAGAAGAACAUCCUAUCAACAUUUGCAUGAACUGAUUCGAUGAGUUCUCGACUGCGUUUUCGAGGAUCGGUUUUCCAACGAUUGCCUCGGUUUUUACCGGCAGCAAAUUGUAUAGGCCUUUGAUUACAUGCGUGCAGUUAUUGUAAAGAACUUUCAUGUGAGAACUAUAA